AUGUCGGGGGAGAGCAGUGCUCCUGAAGCCAUAAAAAGAGCACAAGAAGUAGAUAGUAUUCUACAGAAAGGUGGAUUUGUUUUAUCAAAAUGGUCAUCCAAUUCUGCUGAAUUUUUGAAAUCUAUCGAACCAAACAAACGUACAUCUCGAGCACAGUUGGAUUUAAAAUUGGAUGGAAAUGUACAAGCCCUAGGUUUGAUCUGGAACCUGGGCACAGAUCAGUUUCAGUACAAAGUUAACUUACCAGCAAGGUCAAGCAGUAUUACAAAGAGAGGCAUACUAUCUGAUAUUCAAAGACUUUUUGACCCACUGGGAUGGAUCGCCCCUAGCUUAAUUUUGGCUAAGAUACUCAUACAAAGGCUAUGGCUAGAACCGAUUGGCUGGGAUGACGAGAUUAACCAAUCGCUGUUACACGAUUGGCUGACAAUUAGAGAAGACUUUGAACAUGUAAAAGAGAUAGGUAUUCCAAGAUGGCUAAACACAGUAAGCACACAGAUGGAAAACAUCGAGGUUCAUGGUUUCAGCGAUGCUUCCAUGAAAGCCUAUGCCGCGGUGGCUUACAUUCGUGUGAAGAGGGAAGAUGGUUCAGUAUUCACCAAUCUAUUAGCUGCCCGUGCUAGAGUGGCACCACUCCGUACCGUGUCUCUACCACGCCUGGAGUUAUGUGGGGCGCUGUUAUUAGCAAGGUUACUUAAGCAAAUAGAAAAUGCAAUGCGUAUACCUACUUCUAACAUCUAUGCAUGGACAGAUUCAUCAAUUGUUCUUGCAUGGCUAUCUGGUGAUCCUCAUAGAUGGAAGACAUUCGUGGCGAACCGGGUCGUAGAAAUUGUAGAAAAUGUAAACACACCGAUGGUUCCAUGUAGCUUCGGAAGAGAAUCCUGCAGACAUCGGGUCGCGAGGCAUGCUGCUGGCGGACUUGAAACAGAAAGAGUUGUGGUGGACAGGGCCUAA